AUGGCGGCAUUGGCAUCGCGAGCCUUUGCUGGGGCAACGACCUUCCCAGAACGAAAUGCGGCGCCCGUCAAACGAAACAAAAAGGAAGCUCGAACUGAUAUAUGGACCUCCCUGCUCAAGCAGACCCACGAAGCACAGGCUCGUCGCAGUCGGACAUCGGCCAUGCAGCAUUGCUCACUGCUUGUGUGUGGUGGUUCAUCUGCCGCAGAUCAGCGAACAUUCGUCCAGACCCUUGCACGACCUCCUCCAGCCUCGCAAUCAAGGAAUCAGGAAAGAGGGAAGCAGCAGCCACGAGCGAGGGGAGAGGUCCGCUUGAGCAACACAUACGCUUACGGAUAUGGGCAUGUCACGCUCUUCUCCCCACCGGCUGCGCAGGGUGGAGGUGUACUCAGCGCGGAAGCAGAAGAGGCGGCGCGAGUCCUGGUUCACACGAUACCUUCGCCAGAUCGAGAAUUCGCGCCACUACUGCAACGUCUCUUGUCGGUCACUGAUGAAGAUGAGCCAACGCUGGAGCCUGAGAUGAGCAACGAACUUGGACAGGAGCCUGUCGUGGAUACUGAGGACAAACGAACAGCACAGCGACCAGCGGUCUGCAUACUCCUAAGUUGGAAAGAGCCAUGGAAAUUCAUGACUCAAUUGCGAGAUUGGCUCCAGUUACUAGCCGAUGCUCUCAUUCCGAAUAGCUCUUACGUUGAUGAGCCUCUCGAUAUCAUCAAAGAAGCAAAGCUGGCCAUCACCCUUGUCGUCCAGCACACAGAAUCGCAGGAGGAGCUUUUCCGAGAAGGAUACAAAGAGGAGGAUUUCGACUACAUCUCACAAUGCCUGCGGACAGCCAUCCUCCCACUGCAUCCUUAUAGUGCCGUGGUAUAUAACAGUUCCACGCCUCCUCCUCAACUACCCGGAAGUCCCUUGACAGAAGCACAAAAAGUAGUGUACACAUCGCUUGGUUUGAAUUUGGCUGCCUUGAGUCCAAAGCUGGCACGGCCUGGAAGCCAGGAAAGUUCAGUCGCGAAAAAAGACGACCUAAACCCGAAACACGAAUUCAUGGAUCGCAUGGCCAUCGUGAUCCCAGCUGGCUGGGACAGCACUGCAUUCAUUCGAACUCUGAGCGAGACUUUCUCACCCGAAACUGUGCUUAGCUCUUGGAUCAAUGAUCUACGUCCUCCUCCACGGGUCGAGACCAUAUCCGCUGACGAGACGAAAGCAAAAGAAAAGUCCUCAAUCUCCACUUCUGCAGUCGAAGAAGUAUAUGCUUCCUCUCCCGUACAAGACACAUUCUCCUCGUCACCACCACUAUCCCCCUCAAAACAAACCCCCUCCACAAUCCAACAAUACGAACGUAAAGUCCUCAACCCACAAGCCCACAAAGUCGUCCCUUCUGGAUCUCCUCCAAUCGAAACCACCACAAAACCCACCCAAUCCUUCCUCGCCGAAAUGCGGACCCAUCUCCAAGAACUCGAAGCCCAAGAUACCGAGCGCAACAACCACGCCGACAACACCACCUCCACCACCCGCUUCUCCGGCCGCGGUGCAAUCGGCAUGCCCUCAGGCGAGCAAUCCGGCGCACUCGACGACCUCGGCGAUGUGAGUUUCAACGUCGGUGGGGUAAGCUAUGACGCCGGCCGCGCCAUUGAACGUCUCAAACGACCACCUCUCAAUCUCUCAAGCACCAGCUUCCACGACUCGGCUCCAUUGAGUCCCGGCAGUCGCGUGACGACCCCUAAGCCGCGGGGUCCCCUGGCGACCCCGAAACUCGAGCAGGGUCCGCCCUCAGCGGGUGCGGGUGCCGGCGCGGGACCGGUCAGUAGUGUGAAGGAUUUGCCGGUUGAUAAACUUGAGGAGUAUUUUGCCAGUCUGAUGAAGAAGGGUUCUUUGAGUGGUGGUGGGGGAGCGAGCCGCGAUAUUACGCCUUCUAGGACGAAGGGAGGCGAGUAA